GUUUCUUAAGUGUAAGUUAAGUGUCUUUCUCAGGGACACAAUGGUGUUAGAGUGGUUUCAAACCCAGGUCUCUCACACCAAAGGUGUGUGUCUUAUCCACUGCGCCAUUACAUACAAAGUUAUUCAAACACAACUGCGGGAAAAUGACACGUAUGGUCACCCUUACUACAAACUCUGACCUCAGCUUUAGACAAACUAAUGGAAUAUAUAUAUUUUUUAUUUGCAGGCAUCAUGCUAUUCUUCUUGUGCCUCACGCUUUUGCUUGAUUUUAAAAAAGGUCCCCAAGUUGAAGCUCAAGUUGUGAGGUUGGUUAAUGGGAGUAGCAGCUGUUCAGGAAGAGUGGAGGUUCUUCAUGAUGGUCAAUGGGGAACAGUGUGUGAUGAUGACUGGUAUCUAUCAGUUGCUGAAUUGGUGUGUAUAGAAUUGGAUUGUGGAGAUGCUAUAGACGCAGAGUCUAAUGCUUAUUUUGGAGAAGGAUCGGGACCUAUAUGGAUGGAUGAAAUAAACUGUGUUGGCAAUGAAUCAUCACUGGUAGACUGUGGAAUUUUAGGGUGGGGAAUACACGACUGUGAACAUAAUGAAGACGCUGGAGUCACUUGUAAAGCUCCUGUUAGGUUGAAUGGCAGUAACUCGUGUUCUGGACGUGUGGAGGUUCUUCAUAAUGGAACAUGGGGAACAGUGUGUACAGAUUAUUGGGACUCUACUGAUGCUGCAGUGGUGUGUAAAGAGGUCGGAUGCCCAACCGGUGCUGAAGUAACAAGAAAUUCAUUUGGACCUGGUGUGGGAACAAUAUGGAUGGAUAAUGUUCAAUGUACAGGGACUGAAUUAUCACUGAAGGAUUGCACAUUUAAUGGAUGGGGAAUAAACAACUGUUAUCAUUCAUAUGAUGCCGGAGUCAUCUGUCGAGAUGUUAGACUGGUAGAUGGAGAUAAUCUGUGUUCUGGAAGAGUGGAGGUUUUAUACAAUGAUCAAUGGGGAACUGUCUGUGAUGCUGGCUGGGACUUAACAGAUGCUGCAGUGGUGUGUAAUAGCAUGGGUUGUGGGUCUCCUAUAGCAGCAGAGACCGGAGCAUUCUUUGGGCAGGGUUCAGGACCUGUGUGGCUGGGUGAUGUAGGUUGUUCUGGAAAUGAGCCAACAGUGACCAAUUGUUCAUCAAAUGCAUUAGGGACAAGCACCUGCAGCCAUGGACAAGAUGCUGAAGUCAUCUGCAACCCUCCUAUUAGGUUAGUGAAUGGUGAUAACUCAUGUUCUGGACGAGUGGAGGUUCUUCGUGAUGGAUUAUGGGGAACAGUGUGUUUAGAUUACUGGGGUACUGAAGAUGCUGCAGUGGCAUAUAUUAGACUGGUAGAUGGAGAUAAUCUGUGUUCUGGAAGAGUGGAGGUCUUAUACAAUGAUCAGUGGGGAACCGUCUGUGAUGCUGGCUGGGAUUUAACUGAUGCUGCAGUGGUGUGCGAAAGCAUGGGUUGUGGGACUCCAAUAGCAGCAAAGGUCGGGGCUUUCUUUGGGCAGGGUUCAGGAUCUGUGUGGCUAGAUGAUGUGAGUUGUUCUGGGAAUGAGCCAACAGUGAAAAAUUGUCUAUCGAAGGCAAUAGGAACAAGCAGCUGUAGCCAUGGACAAGAUGCUGGAGUCGUCUGUAACCAUGUAAAACUAGUAGAUGGAGAUAAUCUGUGUUCUGGAAGAGUGGAGGUUUUAUAUAAUGAUGAAUGGGGAACCGUCUGUGAUGCUGGCUGGGAUUUAACAGAUGCUGCAGUGGUGUGUAGUAGCAUGAGUUGUGGGACUCCUAUAGCAGCAGAGACUGGAGCUUUCUUUGGGCAGGGUUUAGGACCCGUGUGGCUGGAUGAUCUGAUAUGUUCUGGGAAUGAGCCAUCACUAAAAAAUUGUCUAUCGAAGGCAUUAGGAACAAGCACCUGUAGCCAUGGACAAGAUGCUGGAGUCAUCUGUCGAGACAAUGAUACUGUAUGUGAAUCAGUAAUAUAUAUACAGUAUAUUAUUUAUAUAAAAUUAAAUAUAAAAAUAUUUCCUGCAGAUAUAAAGCUGGUAGGUGGUACAAGUCCAUGUGAUGGCAGACUUCAGGUUCUUUAUGAUGAUCACUGGGGUUCAGUGUGUCACACUGGCUGGGGUCUGGAUGAAGCUGCAGUUGUGUGUAAAGAGCUGGGCUGUGGUGCAACUGGAGAGCCAGUGUCAUAUGUGGGUCCUUUUGUUGGGCCUAUAUGGAUGAGUAAUAUUGCAUGUACUGGAAAUGAGUUAACAGUGCGAAACUGUUCAUUUACUGGAUGGGGUUUGAGCAGUUGCAUGAAUGGACUUUAUGCAGGAGUUAUUUGCAACAAAAUUGUGAAAAAAGGUGUGGUGAGGAUUGUGGUUACAGUUGACCCUGGCAUUGAUGUCAGUGACCCAAAUAUCUUAAAGAAGCUUUUGGACAAGAUAAGCAAAGUGGGAAAAAGUCAAGGAGAUUAUUUGGCAAACUGGAAAACACAACCUGAUGGGAAGGUAUUUCAGGAAAUAGAAACAUUGCAGAGGCACGAGAUGAGCUCAGUCAGGUGA